AUGUAUGCUCAGACUUGUACUAGGCCAGACAUCAGUUUUGCUGUCGGAAUGCUGGGCAGGUAUCAAAGUAAUCCAGGAUUGGAUCAUUGGAAAGUUGCAAAGAAAGUAUUGAGAUACUUGCAAGGGACAAAAGAUCAUAUGCUCACGUUUAAAAGGUCCGAUCAUCUAGAGGUGAUAGGUUAUUCAGAUUCGAACUGGGCUGGGUGUGUGGAUACCAGAAAAUCCACAUAUGGAUAUUUGUUCCUUUUAGCUGGAGGAGGAAUUUCAUGGAAAAGUGCGAAGCAGUCUGUCAUUGCUGCAUCCACUAUGGAAGCUGAGUUUGUGGCAUGCUUUGAGGCCACUGUUCAUGGAUUAUGGCUGCGGAACUUUAUUUCAGGACUUGGAAUUGUCGAUAGUAUUGCCAAGCCGCUGAAAAUUUAUUGUGAUAAUGCAGUAGCAGUCUUCUUCUCUAAAAACGACAAGUAUUCGAAGGGUGCUAAACACAUGGAAUUGAAAUACUUUGCUGUUAAAGAAGAAGUUCAAAAACGAAGAGUGUCAAUUGAGCACAUUAGCACCAAUUUGCAGUAG